AUGGCACAAGUGUGUCACACAUGUACACGUACAACACCAGUGAUCCAUUGUCUUACAGAAGGACAGAACUUGUGCUUUACUUGUGACUACCUUCAGCAUUGUGAUCAACGUGAUGCAGGGGGAGAAGGAGCAGGAGAAGUAGGGCACGUACGUUACCAAAUCUGCAAUAGUUGCAUGAAUAAUCCAGCUUUACUCCUCUGCUUUGAUCACCGGCUCUCUCUUUGCCAAUCUUGCUAUUCACAACGGUACAAUUGCGCCUCCUAUGGCCACCGCAACCAAAUCAUCAACAGCUUGCCUCAUCAACAACAACACCCUAAUAAUCACAAUAAUCGGCAUCCUCAGCAUCCUCAUCCUCAGAAUCCUCAGCAUAAUGAGCAUGAGCAUGUGGGUCAUUACAACCAGAGAAAAAGAUGGAUGUUUGGAGAAGUCUGCGUUGGGGAUAAUGAUUGCGAGAGAUGGAUGUUUGCAAUGGACUGUGAAGAGUGCAAAGCUUCAAACGCUGUCGUUUACUGUCACCAUCACCACUCUCUUCUCUGCGAUAAUUGCGAUCGAGUUAAUCAUCCUUCCGUGCCUCAUGUUAGGGCUAGGCUUUGCGUGAGGUGUAAGAGACCCUCUCGGUAUUACAUCCUCGGGGGUGUUAAUGUCAUGAUUAUACCACCGUAUCCUCCUCCUGCUGCGCCGGCAGCCUAG